UUUCAUAAGGAAGCGAAAGCAGAUGAUAAUCCGGUCGGUUUGCCCGGCUCUCCCUGGCUCCCCGGGCUCCGGAUCCUCGGCAUGAAGAGGUGGGGCCUGCGUCGCUGCUCUCGGCCUGCCUGCCUUCUCCUGGCGUGCCUGUCCCUGGCUCUGCACCUGUUUUUGGCCCUGUCCUCCCUCUCGCUCUCUCAGACGCCCUGCCGCCCUCCCGCCCGUCCCAGGACCAAGACCAUCAGGGCUCUGGCGGACUUCAACUUCACCUGGCUGGAGGCUGGCUCGCCCGGACGGGGCACUGGUGCCAGUCAGGUGGACUCAUCGCACCAGGAUGCCAGCAGACCCCACGACGAAAAAGCGGGAAACAGCGCCCCCUCUCUGGAGGAAGGGCCCAUCGCCUCGCUUAACAUGGCCACCAAAAUGGACCCUCUUGCCAAGUCAGCAGGGGCGGGCCUUCCUAAACUGUCGGCUCUCUUCAGCCACCCUCUCUACAACCUGCCACGCCCGCCGCUCCAUGAAGAUGAUUGGCUGCUGAAGGUGAAGCCGAAGGUCAAGGGCAACAACGGGGACAGCGUGCAGGAAUGGCUGAGUGACAACAAGGAGGCCUAUGACACGGCUCAGUGGAACAGCAGCAGCGAGUCGCACCCGCCCUGGCUGCGCUUCCACCUGGGCAUCACCCGCUGGCAGCUGUACCAGCGGCAGGACCCCGACCUGCAGCCGCUGCUGGAGCAGCUGGCCACACACCGCGUCGUGAGCGCAGUGCAGAAAUCAGGAGGGACUCAGCUCAAGCUCGUGAUGUCAUUCCCAAACUACGGACAGGCUCUCUUGAAGCCCAUGAAACAGGAACGUGACGCUGAGACGGACUUCAAUCUCUUCUACUUCUCCGACUUCGAGAGACACAACGCUGAGAUCGCCGCCUUCCACUUGGACAGGGUGCUGGGUUUUCAGCGGAUUCCACCUGUCGCAGGGCGACUGAUCAACGUGACCAGCGAGAUCCGUGACAUCACCACUGAUCGCAAGCUGGCCAGGACCUUCUACACCUCACCUGUGGGUAACGUGUGUUUCUACGGCCAGUGCUCGUAUUACUGCUCCACGGAGCACGCGGUCUGCGGGAGGCCCUGGGCUCUGGAGGCGUCUCUGGCCGUGAUGCUGCCUGACCGCGCCCUGGCACCCCGCCGCACCUGGAGGAGCCCCUGGAGGCGGUCCUACAGCCGCAGCAAGCGGGCACAGUGGGAGAAGGACCCAAACUACUGCGCCAAAGUGAAGGCCACACCCCCCUAUGACAGAGGCACUCGCCUCCUGGACCUGAUUGACAUGGCGAUACUGGACUUCCUCAUGAAUAACAUGGACAGACACCAUUACGAAACCUUCGAAAAAUUUGGCAACGACACCUUCCUCCUGCACCUGGACAAUGGAAGGGCGUUCGGACGGCACUCCCGAGACGAGCCCUCCAUACUGGCGCCGCUGCGACAGUGCUGCAGGAUCCGCCGCUCCACCCUGCUGCGCCUGCGUCUCCUGGCGCUCCCGCGGUACCGCCUCAGCGAUGUCAUGCGGGAGUCGCUCUCCCGUGACGGGCUGACUGCCGCGGCGCCGCUGCUCACCGAAGCGCAUCUCUCCGCCCUCGACCGGCGCCUGGCCGCCACGCUGCUGACGGUGGGCCGCUGUCGGGAGCGACAGCGCGAGCUCGGCGGGGGCGAGGUCGUCUACGACGACAUCGCGGGCUACGACGGCGGAGGCGUCGCCACGGGCCGGUGAAGCGCCUCCGUCGGCGACAGAGCUCCCCACAGUAACGGCUGUGUCAGUCGCCAUGGAGACGACGCUGCUGCGAUGUCGUGGUGGGACUGUGAGAUGAUGUCAUCAGCAGAGUCAGCAUAAGGUGGCCUAGCAGGGGCGGGAUGGAAGAGGUCACUGCACCCCUGUCACGGUCGCCCGUUUUCCCUGGUUUAAAAAAAAAUAUGAGGCAGAGAUGCAUUAAAGAGACUUUGAAGAAUUCCUCUAAUUAUGAAUUCCUGAAUAUUUGCUGGGGGAAUGAUGAAACUGCUUCGUGCUGAUGUGCCCGCAACUCACUUGACUUUGUAGAUUAACGCAGAAAUGCUGGGAAGUUCCACAUGAGUCUCAAGGAGCCGAGCCUCACUGGACACACAGUCGCUGUUAGCACGCAUUAGCAUCGUGCCGCCAGUCAUUAAGGGGGCAAUUACUUUUUCACAUGGGUGA